UUGCCAGUAUCUAUGGUACAUUUGACGCAUCGUGGGACGCUUUUCGCGCUGUGAAAUUUAUUUUCUCUCAAUUCCUUGUUUUAGAUUUUUGUAAUUUCAGACAAUGUCGGGUAUUGCAAGUGCUCGUCUAGCUGAGGAAAGAAAAGCUUGGCGCAAGGACCAUCCCUUUGGAUUUGUUGCUAGACCUAUGAAAAAUCCUGAUGGUUCACUAAACUUAAUGACCUGGGAAUGCGCGAUUCCCGGAAAGAAAGGGACACCAUGGGAAGGAGGACUAUACAAGUUGCGUAUGAUUUUUAAGGAUGAUUAUCCUUCAAGUCCACCUAAAUGUAAAUUUGAACCUCCUCUAUUUCACCCUAAUGUGUACCCUUCGGGAACUGUUUGCUUAUCUUUGCUUGAUGAAGAAAAAGACUGGCGUCCAGCAAUCACAAUUAAACAGAUCUUACUGGGUAUACAAGAUCUUCUCAAUGAACCUAAUGUUAAGGAUCCAGCCCAAGCUGAAGCAUAUACAAUUUACUGUCAAAAUCGGCUAGAGUAUGAUAAGAGAGUUCGAGCUCAAGCAAGGGCCAUGGCUGCUACGGAGUAAACUUAAAUAAAAAACUGUUAUAUAGUAAUUUUAAUUUGUAGUAGAAACUUCUAUAGACCACAAGAGCAUGCUAACUAAACUAAUAAUAUGUUUGUCCUACUUCAACUUUUUUGACUUUCAAUGUUUAAGUCAAGAAUUUAUUAAAAAUAUCUCAACAACAUGUGCUACAAAUUAAAGCUAUUAUUUGGAUGAUAGUGAUAAAGAAUUCAUUUCCUAACAAAGUAUAGUUAGGUACUGAAUUUUUUAAACAAAAAUAUGUGUAUUGUUUAGAUUCUGAAUUUUAUAUACAUCAAAAUCAAUUUCUGAGUAGUUUUAAAAGUGAUUUUUAAUUAAUCUAUAGCCAUCUUGAAAUUUAGGGUUUCUAGGAAGAAAGCAUAAAAUAAUAUAUAGUAAUAACAUAACUAUGACUAUUUUUCAAGUUUAAUAUAAAUAUUUGAACCUUUCUUUCAUGUUUUAAUUUUUAAUUUACAAAACUUAACAUCUUAACUUAGUUUAAUUAGCAGAAAUUCUUUAAAUUACAAAAUUUAUUUAAAAACUGUCUAGCCUCUGAUUUUCUAUUCUUAUAUGUAUAGUAAAUCCUAUUAUGAUCAAUAGCGAUAAAAUAAUAAGUUUACAUUAAGAAUCGUAACUAUAAUUUAAACUAUUUUUGUAUCUUUAUGUUAGUAUUAUAUAAUUAAAGUAAUAAUAAAAAUACUUUAAAACUACUUGUUUUUGUUUCCUGCUGUUACAGAAGAUCCAACAUACAACAUCUAAGUACAUUAAAUAAUAUUUGUACUAACAUGGUUGUCUUAUUAAAAAGUUUUGAUAUGUAUCCACACAAUAUUAAAAAAUAAUAUUCAAAAUAUGAAGUUAUUAAAUCAAUCAAACUAGUUUCCGUUUCUUCUUGCAUAUGCAUAAGUUUUUCUAAAUCUAUCUACAAGAUAUACCUAUAUAGUAAAAGAUUUAAAGAAUGAAAACUCCCCAAAGGGCAACUCACUUUUUGUUUCCAUAGCCUACUGUCUGUAAAGUUAUGUCAAUAAAAUUAUUUAAAAAGAAGCUAUUAAAUGUUU